AUGGCGGGUUUAAAAAUUUUGUGUUUGGCUUUAAUUCUUGCCUCCAUUCCUCGGAUAUCCUUGUCUCAAAAUAUAGUUCCCACUCUUUUGGUUCAUGGUGGCGCUGGGGAUGUCAGCGAUGAAUCGAUACCCUUUAAGAAGAUCGGAGUUAAGUUAGCAGCUCGUGUGGGCUAUGAGACUUUAAAGAAAACUGGAAGUGUUGUGGAAGCUGUUCAACAGGCAGUCCAGUCUAUGGAGGAAAAUGACCAAUUCAACUCUGGCUAUGGCAGCGUCCUUACAUGGGAAGGCGAUGUUGAAAUGGAUGCCUCGAUAAUGGAUGGUUCCACCUUAAAUGCUGGAUGCGUAUCUUUAGCCAAAGACAUCUUGCAUCCCAUUGCCUUGGCCAGAAGUGUUAUGGAAAAGACCAGGCACAUGUAUUUGGCUGGUGAGGGAGCCAUGGCUUUUGCCGUUGAAGAAGGUUUUGAGAUAUUGCCCGAAGGCUCAUUGGUAACGGAAAAGUCCAAAAAGGCUUUGGAAGAUUAUAAGAACAGCUUGAAUGGUACCAGUGCUAACAAAAAGCAAAAGUCAUGUCCUGAAAUAGGUGACAAAAUAUUUGGAUCUCCUGGCACAGUGGGCGCUGUGGCCAUCGAUGCUUAUGGCAAUGUGGCUGCUGCCACCUCCACUGGUGGUAUAACUGGUAAAAUGCCUGGCCGCAUAGGUGAUUCACCAAUUUUGGGAGGUGGCACUUAUGCUGACAAUGAUUCGGGUUGCGUUUCGGCCACUGGACAAGGUGAAACCAUAAUGCGUUUUAAUGUGGCCUCCAAAAUUUUAGCUCUUAUUGAACAUUUCGGUAUGUCAGCCCAGGAUGCCACCGCAAAGGUGUUGGAAGAAAUGACGCAUCGCUUCAAUCAAACGGCUGGCGUAAUAAGUAUCGAUGGUAAAGGAAAUUUGGGUAUAUAUUUUACAUCGAGGCGCAUGUCAUGGGCCUAUCAACGUGGUGAGGAACUUCACUAUGGCAUUGAUAAGGAUGAGGAUAUUGUGGAAAUUGUUGGUGAACCAAGAGUUGAAUUUCUUUAAAUAAGGGUUUGUAAAAAUUAA